CCUCGCAAACAUGGCGACGCUCCGACGAGAGUACAGAGAUUGGAAAUACGACCGUUUUUAACCGAGCAAAUAACCUCCUCCUCGCAUGUUACGAUGUGGUGGGGUUAACGGGAGCCAUCGCACGCACAGCCUUUGUGACGAUGUUUGCAGAGGCCAGUCUGUCCAUCUGGGGAUGGGGGGGUCUUGGAGUCGUGCUGUUCCUCGUCACCUUUGGACCCUUUUCCAUAUUCUACCUGGCCUUUUAUAUCUUCUGCUUUAUCGGAGGGGGCUUUGCGGUCACACUGCUCUAUGGAAAGAUCAACUCCGAGAAGCACCUAGAAAAGUGCGAGCACUCGUACCUCCCACCCACACAAAUUGGUAUACUAAAGACGUUGGAUGAGAUGAGGCUGGAGAUGAAGCCAAUAAAGAUAGACAGGAGACUGACUGGCUCCAGUUUCAUAGAUGAACCACUACAACAGGUGAUCCAGUUUGCUUUGAGAGACUACAUCCAGUACUGGUACUACACUUUGAGCGAGGAUGAGUCCUUCUUACUGGAGAUCAGACAGACCCUGCAGAAUGCCCUUGUCCAAUUCUCUACCCAGUCCAAAGAGGUGGACUGGCAGCCUUACUUCACCACUCGCCUGGUGGAUGACUUUGCCACCCAUUUACGUGUCUUUAGAAAAGCCCAAGACCGCCUCGCUGACAGAGAAGACAAGCAAAGGGACAUCACAGAGGAGCUGGUGGACUCCUUCUUCGAGGCCGAGGUGGAGAUGGAGAGGAAGAUUUGUCGAGACGUAGUGUGCACUUCACACAAAGACGAAGAAGGUUUUCUUCGGGACUUGUGCGAGUUGCUUCUGUACCUGUUACUACCUCCUGGAGAUUUCCACAACAAAAACAUGAGAUACUUCCUGAGAGAGGUGCUGGCACGUGGAGUGCUGCUUCCUCUCAUCAACCAGCUGAGCGACCCAGACUACAUCAACCAGUUUGUCAUCUGGAUGAUUCGGGACUCAAGCUGCAACUAUGAAGCCUUCAUGAACAUCCUGAAGUUGACAGACAAGCCUGCAGAGCUAGAGGCUGUCAAAGACAAAGUGCUGGAGGAGCUGCAGUAUCUCCGCUCCCUGGACACUGCUGGAGAUGACAUCAACGUGAUCAAGAACCAGAUUAACAGUCUUCUGUUUGUGAAGAAGGUGUGUGAGACCAGGAUCCAGCGACUACACUCUGGCAAGGAGGUGGAUGCCUUAAAGCUGGCAGCCAACUUUGGCAAGCUGUGUGUUAUACCACUGGAUCACAUCCUCAUCCACAACAUCGCCUUGCAGUUCUUCAUGGACUUCAUGCAGGCAGCAGGGGCCCAGGCAGAGCUCUUCUUCUGGCUUACUGUGGAGGGCUACAGAGUGACGGCACAGCAGCAGCUGGAGGCCAUGAAGGCGUGCCAGAAAGAUGGCAAGAAGCAGCCCAGCGCCACCAAGGGGUUGCUGAAGGCUGCUGCACUCGGUGUGUUUGAACAAUACCUCUCUGAGAAGGCAUCUCCCAGGGUGCAAGUGGAUGAGGCAUCUGUGACAAAACUAGGGGAAAAGCUGCAGAAAGAUGACCCCACACCAGAGAUAUUUGACGAAAUCCAGAGAAAUGUUUACGACAUGAUGCUACGUGAUGAACGCUACUACCCUUCCUUCAAGCAGAGUCCCCUCUACGUGCGCAUGCUAGCAGAGCUUGACAUGCUGAAAGAGCCAAGCUAUCGGGGAUCUGAUGACGGAGAUGGAGAAUCCUUCAACGGCUCUCCUACAGGAAGCAUUAACUUAUCUUUGGACGACUUGUCCAACUCCUGCCAUGAUGAAACUAUGCACCUACAUGCCUUCAUCUCCGACACAGCUGACGCUUGUCUCCCCGGCUUCUGGGGUGCCGCAGGGGUUUGCAACGACCAUGGUAAGACCUACGCGCUGUAUGCCAUCACUGUGUUCAGACGCAACCAAGACGGCAGUGAGGACUGCUGGAAGACAUAUCGACGUUAUUCAGACUUUCAUGACUUUCACAUGAGGAUCACUGAACAGUUUGAGAACCUGGCGUCGAUUCUCAAGCUGCCAGGGAAGAAAACGUUUAACAACAUGGACAGAGACUUCUUGGAAAAGAGGAAAAAAGACCUCAAUGCUUACUUACAGUUGCUGCUAAACCCAGAGAUGGUGAAGGCCUGUCCAACUCUGAUUCCUUACGUCUAUGACUUCCUAGAGAACAAGGCCUACAGCAAGGGCAAGGGAGAGUUUGCACGAAAGAUCGACACAUUUGUAAAUCCUCUGAGGAGCUCCAUGAGAAACAUGUCCAACGCAGUGAAGGCCCUGCCUGACAGCUUGGCUGAGGGAAUGACCAAGGUCUCUGACAACAUGGGUCGCAUGUCUGAAAGACUGGGCCAGGACAUUAAACAGUCCAUACUAAAGGUGCCUCCACUCCUCCCCAAGUCUGAAAUCGACCCUGAACACUGUCGAGUCUCUGCUCAGCUGGAUGACAAUGUGGAUGAUAACAUCCCUCUGAGGGUGAUGCUGCUGCUAAUGGACGAGGUGUUUGACCUGAAGGAGAAGAACCAGUGGCUGCGUAGGAACAUUAAGAACCUGCUGCAGCAGCUCAUCAGGGCCACUUAUGGAGACACCAUCAACAGGAAAAUUGUGGAUCAUGUGGACUACUUGACCUCACCAGAGCAGGUGGCAGACUACGUCAAGAAGUUCAGGGAUUCAUACUGGCCCAACGGUAUUUUGGCUGAGUCACCACCACGUCGUGAUAAGAACAUCCGCAUGAGGACCCGAGUCGCCGCCAAGACCAGCCUGCUGGGCAUUAUGCCAGACGAGCUGAAGCACAUCAUUGGAGCAGACACGACAAGAAAAGGCAUCCUCCGAGUCUUCGACAUGUUCCAGUACCAACCCAUGAACCGUCGGCUGGUCUACGUUUUCCUGGAGGGCUUCUUGGAGACAAUGUUUCCGCAGUACAAAUUCCCCGAGCUCUUUGUCAAACUACACUCUCGCUCGCCGCGCAUCCACAGAUUUAGCCAGAAAGUCAAAUCAUCAUCCCUCAAGAGGUGACAGGAGAGGACGGAGGCAGCGGGACAUCAGUGGGACAGACACACAUUUGGACUUGAGAGCAGAGAGUGACGGUGUAAAGGGGGCUCGAGGUGAAUGUUAAGGUGUUUGCGUGAUUUCUUCCCUUUCACUUUCUUCACACUCUAUCUUCAGUGAAAACACUCCAGCUGAUUUCAGUCAGGACGAAGCUGAAGGAUGAGACACACAUACAUUGCCCUCCGUUAACUCUGUGACAUACACCUGCGCAAACCUGUAAUUUGCACCAAGACUGAUCAUGGCAGUCAUUAGUUUUAGUUCAAAUAUUUCCUUUUUUUUAUGUUUUAGUUGUGUUUAGCUUUAUCCUGGGCCAGUCGAUGCUGCUUUUUCGUGGUCCAGAGAGCAGACCACACAAAUACUGUAUUGUUUUUAAACUGCAGGAGCCGAUAGCAUAGACCCACACCUUGCCUUACCUUCCCGCUUCUGUGUUUCAGCCGGAACAGUCCACCAUCUGAGUCACCCGGCUGCUCAGCUGUAGUCAAACUAACCCUCAUGCUGUAGACAUUUUAUCUGCAAAAGCUGCACACUUUAUAACAUGCAAGUUUAUUUUUCAUAGCAACCAAAUAUGUCAAGAGCACUGGGUUAAAAAGGCGCUGUUCUGUUUUUUUAUGUGACUGAACAAAAGUGGGUCGAAGGACGAUUUGACUUUUAUUGUCCGCAUUUGUCAACUUUGUUCUUUUUUUUUUUGGCCCAUGAUCCUCAAAGAAUAACACCCCCUUUAAUGCUACUGUCAAAAACAUGUGAAGACCAAAGCUCAUGCUGUCCAUAUGUGGGGGGUUGAUGUUGGGAUUCUGUGCAUCAUAUUGUUAAUCAUGUUAGGGAUGAGAUUGGUGAUGUAACGGUGACGCCCUGGCACAGUUACAGGAUGCUCAGUGCGUUAACAAAGAAUGUACUCUUCGCUCUGGCCUGUAUUUGGCUUGUGUAGUUUUGUAUGAAUGGAUGUGUGAGUGUGUUUUAGCAUAAAGAUGCUACCCAGAAACUGUGCCAGUGUGAGCUAGUGAAGCAGCCUUAAAUACUAUAACAGGAUAAACUGACCAAGAGACGCACGCUGGGGUUGGCACUCCUUCACACGACUGAACGUUACAAGGAAAUCAAGAUAGAGAUAUGGAGAGAUAUAUCCCUAAUCACUUUUAUCAGAGAUGUGUUUAUUUUGUGCAAUAUUUUGUUUUCUGUAAUGCAUGUGCAUUUUGAACAUUGUAUACUGAGAAAAUAAUCCAUAUAGUUUUAAUAGUAACAAACAGAGCUCUCCCCAUGAAUUAUCUUCUUAUCCCAACAACUUAACAUUCCGUUGUUGUAAAACUACAAUGUUUAUUUUACAGACUUGUUUUAUAAGUCUGAGUUUUUCUUUUAUUUUUGGUGUGUGUGUGGGCGGGUUAUUUUCCACUUAUCCCACCCACUCCAACUGAAUCUGUGUUUCUGAUGAUCGAGCGGGGUGUGCCGGGGGGUUUCUGUGUCACGGUCCUGAUGAUUAGCUCAUCAGGCUAAAGCUAGCUCAGAGGCAGCCUCACCAAACUGCUUCGUUUUAAUAAUAAGUGGCGUUUUUAUGCAGUCAAGCCUAAUCUGACAAGUGAGAACAUAUCUUUGUUGUUAUAAACUGACAGCUGGAGGGACUGCCGCCCCCUCUUCCUCCUGUCCAAUAGGCUCACAGGAGAGCCUUGUCCUGUGACCAAUGGAAUCACUGCUAACGAGCACUUAGUAGCAACUGUGUAAGGCCCUCUCUCUGACUGGACGGAGCUCCAUUCUGCUGCAGUCACUGGAUGGAUUUUUCUCGUCCACUUCGAUUGCUUUCGAAGACUCCAAUUGGCUGAGCAGGAGUAAACUGGAGGUGAAUAUUUUGUCCCCACAGCGGAGGAGGUGUCACCUUUAACUUUGUGCACACCUGUCCAAACAGGAAGGCUUGUCUUUUUUUUAACCCCAGUAUUUAUGAAUCUAUGAUAUGAAAAUUGUGCAUAUCUGUGUACAGUAUGUGUUAAUAGUGUGCCUAAAUGUACUGUCAACUCUAUUUUCAUAUUUUUCUUUAACCUAAAAAGAAAUCAAUCAGAAUGUCAUGAUCAUUUUACGCGACUGAAAAUGACUCUAGGGUGUUUUUUUGCAUCAUGCUUAUCAAACUCUUCCUUGUGAGCAGUUGUGCUCAGAUCAGUAUAACACUAAUAAAAGGUAACUCAGA